AUCAUUCUUUCAAUCCUUUGGCUUCGUGCUAAUGAUGAAGACAAGGCAAUACGCGCGAAAGAACUUCAAAAUGUCUGUAAGAAUUUUAUUUCUCUCCGGCAAGAAGUUUAAUCAAUAAGAUGGUAAGUGUUUGUGUUGUCUACGUCUGAGGGAUAUAGUUUUUAACAUCUCCUCCACCCACCUGAUGGUUCAAAAACAGGUUCCAUUGCAAUUUGUUGCUAUUUUUAGUAGCGCCAUCAAAGAAAAUAAUAUAUAAGUCUACAUUCUUGCAAAAUGCUCUCGGACAGUGUAGGGUGAUGCUGCGGAUUUGUUGAAUAACUCAAAAAGUUGGGUGCAAAAUGGUGUUUCAAAAGGUAUUUGGCUUUUGCAUUUUAAACUGCAAUGCGUAUCAUCAAUGGGUAAGGCCUUUUAAGAAAGAAUUCUUAUUCCAAGUUUGAUUGACAAAGUUCUCAUUUUUUCUUAAUUUAUUUUCUCAUGUGAAGCUGCAUGUUGUGAUGUGAAAGAAAGCCAUCACCAAGAGGGAUUAAAUGUAUAAUGCAAUGCAAGAUAACGAUAGAAGUCUCUCAUAUAGGAGGCUGACAUUGAAGGAAAGUAAAACCAGUUUUUCUGAAAGAAGAGAAUUAAGAAUGGUAACAGAUGGAAUGUCUUGAGAUCUCAAUUUUUUCCUCCAAUGUAUUUCAUCUUGGCUCGUUUUUUUAUUUCUUCUCCCUUUUUUUCAUCUUCAUCUCUUAACUUCGAAGCACACAGACUCUCAUCUCAAUCUCGUGUAAAAAGAAUCCAUACGGGAGAUUGAAAUGCGAGAAGAGUGGAUAAUCGCGAGGAAGACUCUCUAAUUGAGUCCAUAUAAUACAAGUUUUACUUGGGCAAAACGUCCAUGUCGAAUUAGAAUUAUUUCCACGUGAUCUCUGUCCACCUCAGCAUUUCCCCCAUCUUCAUGCGCGUCAACUUUUGCUGCCCAUUUCAAAUUGCCCGGCAAUUGCCGGUGUGCAGUGCACGCCUUUGCCGGGGAUCAUGGUGGUUAUUAUUUUGAAUUAUAUUCAUUCUUCUUGAUUCCUUCUAGUUGAUGUCUUAAGAACUCUGACUUUCUUAAUUUUAUGUUUACUUAAAGCUUUGCUUUGACAGACAUUUUAUCGGGUGGGCGGCUUUUUUAACCCAUUUUUGAAGAUUUGAUUUUGUUAUUUUCAAUUAAAUUAAAUCUUCAAAUCACCUUCUUCGAAUAAAAACUUUCAGGUUUAGAGUUCUAAAAUUUUAUUUUUCUAAAAGGGGAUUUCCAAGAAAUUCUCACACUGACGAAAUAGGUAUGUUAGGUCCAUAAAAACUCCUCCAAAAUUCUCGAUAGUCCAGUGAUUAAUAGACGAAUGUUAUGAAUAAAUUGCCGAUGUGCUCAAAAGAAGAUUUUUUCUGAGAGCUUUAAUUUCGCUUUCUUUUUGCUUCUUGACAAAAUUAAUUGUGGUAUUUUUGCGGAUGAAUGAUUUCUUUGCAAAACUUCGUUGUUUUUUUCCCGCCGUGAUUUUGCAGUGUGCUCGCGAUGGGUUUUGUGCGAAUUUUCCGAGACAAAGCACGAAGAGUCGCGCGACAAAGAGCAAAAACCGGAUCAAGAUAUGGGAUGAGGAGUUUGCGAGAGAAACUUCUUAUGUGUUAGGUUCUACUUCUUUUUUUUUGUGCUACAGGAUAGAUUUUUUGCUGCUUGCACUAUGUGUAUACAAUGUGCAGGAGUAUUUUAUGCUAUUUGAUGAUCAAAUGAUGGUGUAUUUGACAGCAGACAGGUGGAUUCUGCAGAGGAGUGGGGGCAAACAAGAGGGCAGAGGCUAAAGGGAUGUAUUUUGCAGAGAUGAGAUUUUCCGUUAUAGAAGGUGAUUUAGCUGAAAAUGCAUCAUAAAGAAGCUUCUGGCAAAUCAAUUAUCUUCUCAUGUGAAUUAUUAUUUAUCAAAUUGAUGACUUGGCAAAUGAUGGAUGUUCUGCGAAUGGAGAGAAUGAGUGAAAAAUUGUGAAUUUCAGAGAAAUUUGAUCCAUUUGAGUGAUUACAGAGAGGAAAAUUUAACGAUUGACUCUCUUCCAUGCAUCUCUGUAGAGCAGCUGUGCUCUAGCAAUAGAGCUUCAUCGAGAAAAGUUCCUCGCGGCGUUAAUUGAGAGCUUUCCUAUUUUAAUUUGUUGGAAAGAUUUUGUUUCAAAAAAUUCAAGAACAUUUAAAAAAAAGAAAUUGAAGUCUUUUUUAGGGAACCUAAAAUCUCCAAAAUGAAUCAUAGAACUUAAUAAAUACGAAACUCUUUGUCCAUGGAACACGAGAAACCGAACAGAGCUUAAAAGAAAAGUGAAAAAAUACGAAAUUAUAGUUCUAUCGAAACAAAUAAUCAGAGAUCAGUUCUACAGAACUUAACAAAUUUAAAACUAUUUCCAUAGAACAAAAGAAACAAUAAAAAGUAACGCAUUACGUGAAACCUUAGAAACUAGAUUCAUUUAACAUGGGAAAAUGAGAGAAAAAAUCUACUAAACAAAAACAAUACAAAGUAAAUUAUUGGAACACAAGAAACCAGAAAAAAACUACGCAGAAAUAGUAACGAAACAUAUAGUUCUACGAAACACGAUAAUCCAUAAAAAUCUAUGAGAAACCCGUAUAAAAGUUGACGAAACACAAAAAAAAAAACAAUUAAAAGUUUCGUUGAGUGCAACAAAUUAAAAACUUUAUUUGUGGAACACAAGAAACACAAAAAUAAGUUCCUCAAAACGUGAAAAAAUGCAUAAAAAUACGAAACAAGAAUUAUUAAAAAAAUAUAUAUUGGGCCUUUUGCAACGACUAAGAAACCCUUGAAAUUCACUUAAAAUCUUGAAAUUUCAGUACAAAAUUCAAAGAUUUCAAUGGUUUCUUGGUCGCUGAAUAAGGUCCAAUAAAGUGAGAAAAAAUUAUAUUCACGGAACAUAAGAAACCAGAAGGGUUGUUCAAUAAAAAUUCCGCCUUUUCUUCACGUUAAGCUGACUUUUCCCUUUUUUCUGGUUUCGUAGAAUAUAUUUCGGAUUGUUUAAGUUCUACGAAAAUAAAUUAUAAUUUCUGAAGUUCUUCAGUUUAUUUCGGUUUCUCAUGUUCCACAGGGUUGUUCCAUAAAGCUCCGCAUUUUUAAUCGACAUAACUAUUGGACAAGUUAAUAGUUUCGGAUUUUUAUAGCUCUGCGGAAUUUCAUCAAUUUAUGAAAAUUAUGCAAUAUAUGCCAGCCGGGUAAUUAUUGAACAAGAAGAACUUGUUGAUUUUUUACAGCGGUGUAUAGAAAUUAGAAAACUGUCAGUACUGGUCGCUUUGACGUGUCUAAUGGUCCAGGAUGUGUUGAGAAUAUUAAAUGAGCAACAAUCUAGACGAUAUAUCCUUGAUUUAUAAGCUUUAAUCUCUUCUUAAAUCCCAUCUCAAAGUUCUCCAAGUUGUUGAACUUUUUGGAAGCUAGAGGCCAAAACAGUGUUGUGUGUAUCUAUGUAGGUAUGCGUUUUACCUCCAUCUCUUUUCCACCUGGGAGCUUUCGAUACAAAUGUAUUUGUGGCUAAAUAUCGAAGUGGAUGGUUGGUAAAGUGGAAAGACCACUUUGUGUCUUCAGUUCAAUCGCGGUGGGCAAAAUGUAAAGAACGUAAAGUGGAAUUGAGUCGCGCGGAGCUCUUCCACCAAGAAGUGGUUCACUGUGAAUGUGUAUGGUUGGCAAUUGUUGCAAAAUAUUUCUUCUUUUUUUUUUUGCCUUUUUAAAGAUUUCAAUGGAAAUCCACAAAAAGAUAUCCUUUCUGUGGUUAUUUUUUAGUGAAUUUCUUUUGGAAAUUAUCCCAUAGAUUUCCCAAAUGUGUGCAGAUUAAUAAAGACUGGACGAUAUUUUGAUGGAAAUUGGUGUGAAACUGUGUUAAAGCCUGGCUUAAAGACUCUCUAGACAUGAUUACAUAAAAAUAUGAGAUGAAAAGGUGAAUUGAUUUCCCUUUUGGAGGUGAUUCUUAGAAAUCUUUCUUGAGUGUUCUGUGAUGGUGACUUUCUUAGUGAAUUUUCUUCUCAAUGAGAAAAUAUCUGUGCACUUUUAUUUUGCUUUGAUGGAGAUUCUGAGAGAGAUUUUCUAUUCCUGUUUAGUGGAAAAUUCUUUGGGAUAUUUACAAUGUCAAUACAUUCAAAUUUUUGCUUAAUUUUCGUAUGUUAGAUCCCUGAUUCAUCAGGUCUGUAAUGAAAAGGCAAAAGCCAAUUUUGGAGGUUAAAAAAUACAUAUUUCGCAGAAUUCUAUAUUUUAGAUAAGACUUAGCGUUUAAAUGGUUAAGAAAAUAUAUUAAAUUUUUCUUUGCAAACUGACCAACACCUACAUAAAUUUUAUUUUCGUUUUUUUUUCUUAAUCCACAAAUAGGUAGUAUGUUGCAGUAAAUGUGUUGUUUAUUAGCAUUAGGAUAUUGUGUUGUUUGCAUAGAAAAACAUGCAUUUGAAUGCAAAAAAGGGGGAGCUUGAGCUUUUGAGAAUGUACAUAUGUAUGGAAAUCAAUAAAUGAGCCUCACGAGAUGGUCAUUAAACUCGUCUUGUGGUUCUACUUCUUCACCAAUGAUGCUGCACAAACUCCUCUAUAUAUAUUAUGUCUCUCUUCCAUGCGGGAUUUUUUGUUGUUGUAAAAGAGUGGCCAUCUCUUGCCGUGGUAGAACAAGAACAUGGGGAUGGGAUGAAACGAAGAAUUACCAGAAGAAGGAGAAAGAACAGUAUACAAAAAGAAGCAGAAAAAAAGUAACAAGAUAUAGAAAUAUUUCCAUGAGAGAGGAUGAAAAAAAAGUAAGAAAAAAAAGCCUUUUUAUUUCUCCUUUCGAUCUGGCGCGUAUUAUUUUUAGAGAUCACAAACCAACAUUAUUUUUCUUCAAUUCUUUUCCUUUGGAACUCUUCUGUGCAAUCUUGUCCCAAUACAUUGAGAAAAUUUUCUGAAGACAAUUCGCAAUAAAUUCAAAACGUCCUCUCUGACUUCGUAGUGCACAAAAACGAUGCUAUCAUAUGAAUAAUCGUGGCCUUUUUUGUGCCUCCUCUCAUCUGGUGGACUCUACUUAACAAUAUAGAGUGGAUAAGAAAAUAAGAAAUAAAAUGUUUAUAAAAGAAUCUGUGGGAGAUUGUUUCAGUUGUGAGACAAUUAGAAAUAAAUAUAACUAUUUUUUUUUCAUUCUUUCAAACAACAUUUUACAAUCAAUCAGCUAUAAAAUAUAUUAGCCUCUAAAGAAUCUAUUUGGCCAUUCUUCCUUUGAUUUUUUCGUAUACUCACAAAGAGAAUAGGCAAAAAUAAAAUUUAAGGGGGUAAUUAUCCAAAAGAUGAAGAGGCGUCACAUUAUGCAAAUUUUUCACAUUUUCUCAAAAUAAAAACAAACGCAUUUUUGACACAAAAUUCAAGGUUUUCUCACACACAAAAUUAAUCUCUUUUGCAUUUGAAAAGCUCAUAGAAAAUUGCGCGCUAUCACAACGUAUACUGAUUGAGUGAUAUAAAAUGCUGAAAUUGCGUGACAAAGUGUUAAAUAACAAUUUAUUUACAUUACGAGACAUACAAGCAAUAAAAAUAAUAUAAAAAAGUGACAUGAAAAGUGAAAUGUGUGACUACGGGAGAAAAGAAAUGCUUUUCAGUCACAUGAAGUCUAAUUAAUCGAAAUGAGAGUUUUCAUUCAAAGUCUUUUGUUGUCUCUCACCAGUUAAAGGGUUAUUCAGAAUAUUUGUUUAGCUUAAUGGGUUAAAGAAGAAAAGAGAAUCAGUCUUGGGGUCUUAAAUGAAGAAAAUAUGACUUUAUGGUCUUAAACGUAAAAUUAUGAUUUUAGGGUCUUAAAUGAAAAAUUAGAUUUUAGGGUCCAAAAUAAAAAAAUUAGGUUUUAGGGUCUUAAACGAAAAAUUACGAUUUUGGUGUCUUAAACGAAAAAUUACGAUUUUAGGGUCUCAAGAGAAAAAUUAAGAUUUUAGGGUCUUAAACAACAAAAUUACGAUUUUAGGGUCUUAAAAAAUUACGAUUUUGGGGUUUUAAACGAAAAAUUAAGAUUUUAGAGUCUUAAAUGAAAAAAUACAGUUUGAGGAUCUUAAACGAAAAAAAUACGAUUUUGGAGUCUUAAGCGGAAAAUUUCAUUUUAUGGUCUCAAGUGAAAAUUCUUUUGCUCUUGCUGUCUUACUUGAAAAAUCUUUUGCUUUUAUAUUUUUAGAGUUUUUAGAUAAAGAACCAUUUAUUCUUAUAUUUCUAGGUCAAUAAUUUUAGUAUUCUGUAGUCUCUAGCAAAAUUUCGGUUUUGCGGUCUCAAAUUAAAAGUUUAGAUGUUGUGGUCUUUGAUAUUAAGAUUUUGACUUUGGAUCUUCAAAUAAAGAAUAUUUUGGUAUCAGAAUUUAAAUCUUUCGGUUUAAGGGUCUCAAACGAUUUAUUUUGUAAUUUUGAACAAAGAAAAAUUUGCGGUCUUAAGCAAAAAAUCUUUAAAAAAGCAAAAUUUGAAAUCUUUGUGUCUCAAAGCUUUCUGCUUUUAACUUUGAUACGAUGAAAUAUAGCAACAAAUACCGUGAAUAACCCUGUUAAAUAGUAGCGCAGUGACAGAAUAGAAAAAGUCGGUGUAAGUACUUAAAAUGUGGCAAAUACCAAAUUGGUGAGGAAAGGUAAAAGAAAUUAAAGUUAAAAAAAAAUAAAGAAGUAGAUGAAAAUGAGAAAUAUGUAUAAGAAGUAAAUACAUCAAUUAAAUUUACAACAAUGGUGAAAGAUUCACUGAAAAUGAUUUUUUAUAUAUCAUUCAGCAUGAAGAAAAAUUUUUAUAUCAAUUCAACCUUUUAUUCGCAAUCUCCAUGUGCUUGAGAAGAGCUGAGAAAUUUAAUUGGAAAAUUCCUCAAUGGAUUUUUUUUCGCGACUUUUUCUUAAGCAUUUGUGAAUGCCCCAGACAAUGAACCACGAAUUAUUUUUUUUCUUUUCAAUUCCGCAGUAAUCACAAGAGUUGAAUGUAAUAAUGAAAAAAAAGAAUAAAUAACAGAAACAUUUGAAAGUUUUGGUUCAAUUUUUAUCAUAUCUCUUUAACUUUUUUUUUAAGCAAAAAAUGAAGAUAUUUCGCUAAUUUUCUCAAGAUAAUCUUGAUGAUUUUUUUGAAUUACUAUCGCACUUGCAUCUGCAGGUAAAAUUACUUUUGACCACCUUGUUGUACUUACAGCUAAAAAGAAAAAUUUCACCCAAUUAUAUCGUUUUCAAUUGGCAAUUUUGAACGCUUUUUCCCCGCAAUGUGAAAUGUUUUUCGAUUUUGGGUAAAAUGGAAAUGAAAUGAGACUAAUUCAAAAAAAAAAGAAAUUUUUAUUUGUCGAUUUUUGUACGUAAAAUAGGCCUAAAGAAUUGGCGCCAAAUAAUUAAACAAAAUCAUUUCAUUUGCUUAUGUAAACAAAUAAAUGUUUAAAGUGAUUAAAUAGAAACGAAGAUUCACCACAAAAGAGAAAAAUGAUGUGAUUUAGCAACAAAAAAAAAAAGGUUUUAACCAACAUAUUGCUUGAACCAUGCGGAAUAAUGUUGAAUUAUGGCGUGAAUGAAAUUUUUAGCGAAAAAUACAUACGAACAAAUUAAAAUGUUUUCUUAUAAAACGUCUUUCGCGGUACUUUUGCACGGUAUCUGUUUUUUUUUAUUUCUCUCCAUUUCUGUGGAUUUUGCUGAUGGAUGUCAGAAUCUUUCAUGAAGCACAAAAAUCAAUCCAACGGAGUUGUGAGCUUAAUUGGCGAGAGAAUUCUUUCUCUCACAGUAAGAAGUCAUUUGACCUAAGAAAUAACAGAUUUGUAUGCCCCGAAAUUAACCUAAAUAUUUGAUGGAAGAAAAAGGAGUUUAUUCAUUCUGGGAGGGCCUAAUUUUCGCAUUCAAAACAAAGUUUUCCCUAUUUUUGCAAUUGAAAGUAAAAUGUGGAUUUUACAAUGAAUUAUUGCACGUUUAUGGGGCAAAAGAACUGCACUUAAAGUACUUUUAUUAAGGUGUUUAAUGAUGAGGAAACAUGCCCUAUUUUAUAUAUACAAUUUUCCUCAACAAUUUUUGCAUUUAAUUCAAUUUCCUCUGUAAAAGUUUUUUUUUAUUCUAUUUAUUCAUUCGCGUUAUCAAGAUUAGAGAAAUAUAUUUAUGCCCAGGUAUUACACAAAAUAUAUUUUCCACUCUGUUUCCUGUUGAUCUAACUGAACAUUGCUGUUUUUUCCUCAUUUAUACGUUUUUUUUUUUAUUUUAUUUUGUACAUAGGUUCGAAUGUAGAAGAGUCCAUAAAAAAUGAUUUGAUAUUCUGACUUUUUUUUACACCUCUCUUCGUAUUUUUUUACCUUCUUCAUUUUUAUAUAAUCGGUGUGUCUUCAUUAUGCAUAGUUGGUGAUUUUCAUCAAAUUCACUUUAUAUAAAAAUUGAAGAAGAAGAAAAAAGUCAGAAAUUGAGCAAUUUAAAUUCUAAUAUUCCAAUUUGAAUUUAAUUAUUAAUUUUGUUAUAACUUUCAUCUAGUGCGGUUUUUUCUUUCAUUCUUUGAUGAAAAAAAAAAAAAACAACCGCAAUAUAAUAUUUUAUCGUCAAUUAAUUCAUUCAAUUUUAUUAAAUUCUCCGCAUGUUCUCUCUUUCUUCAAUGUUUUUUCUCCUAAUUAUUAUUUAAUCCCGUUAGUAAAUAUUAAUAUAUUAUCUACCUAAUUUCUUACCUUGAAGAGAAUUUUAGUGCUGAAGAGAAUUCAUUGGAAAUACUAACGAAGCAUGGAGGUAAUGAGCUAAUUAUUAACACAACAUGUGGCCCCACUUUUGUAAUAGCAAAGACACAUACCAAUUUUACUAAGAAUUGUUUUAGAAUUUUUAUUGAAUUACAAAUGAAAACAAAAUACCAUCAAAGAGAGAGAAAUUUAAUAAAUUUCUAAUUCAAAACGGCAAUUUUUAAAUGAAAAUUACCAACAAAGAUUUCUCCCCUGUGGCGAGAUAAUUUAUCAACACAAUGACCAUAAUAAGUGACUUCUGGGCAACAAAAACAGAGCAAUAACUUGUCGAAGAAAAUUAUUAUUAUACAUUUAUGGGAAAAGAAAUUAGAGUAAGUGAUGACAAUUAGCUCGUGCCACUCUUUGUGGGUGUUUUGUUUUCUCCUUCAUUUCAAAAAGUGCACUCUAUAGUACAGAAAAAAACAGCCCAAAUAUUCACACAGGUGAGAAGAGAGGGGAGGGACGGAGGUAAAGCAGUGGAAUCUCACUUUUUUCUAUGCGGCUCUUUAUGACUUUAUUGUCUUCCUAUGAGACUUUUCUCCUUCUUCUCAGUCACGCGUGAAGCAAUUAACAAUUUGGUAGCUGAAGUAGUUUUUAAUUGUUUAAGAGAAUUUUCUUACAUAAUUUUUGAGAGAUAAAAGAGAGCAAAGAGAGUGAGAAAAAAGGUUCGCUAAAGAAAUUCUUUAUAGGAGCUAAAAAGAAAUGUUUGAAAGUGAAUUUUUGGAAUUUUUUGAUUGUUUUAGAUAUUUAAUUUUUUUUCCAAGAGAAUUUGUGAAAGGAAAUCAUUUUUCAUCUCGUUGGGCUUACAAACAUUUUUGUAAGAUUUUGAAUUUUAGCCAAGACACCUUGAGAAAAUUGCAGGAAAAUCUAGAAAUUCUAAAUCAAUUCUUCCUUAUAUUUUUCGUGAGUUUAAGGAUUAUGAAAAUAUAAUUUUAGAGUCCUUAAACACUUGAGAAUUUAUAGAAUAAAAAUCUUUAAAUAAAUAAAAUUAUACAGGCAAAACAUACAAUUUUUCAAAGUGCGAAAUGUGUCCUGGCUAAGUGGUCUAAAAGUAAAAAUCUUAAGACAUUUCUUAGAUAAAUUAUAAGGUACAUUGAUUGAGUGGAAAAUAAUUUAUUUCUCUUACAAUUCGUGUAUUAUUUUAAAAUAUUUUAUGGAAAAGAAUUAUAAGACUUGACAGGUCUAAAAAUUUUCCCAUUUAGACCACUUAGCCAGGACACAUUUCGUUUUGUAAAACAAAACUUUAAUAAUAUUUUUCUCUUGUAAAACAGAAAAGAUAAUUUUAAUGUAUUAAAUAUACUUCUUAACUUGUCUUUUCCACAAUAAAUUCUUUACAAAAGAAAACUAAAACAACAGACUAGAAAAAAAUUUACUUCUAAGAAUUUAAAUCCGCUAAAAAAUUAUUUCUGGGAGGUCCAAACUUUUGGAGGCAAAAACAUCUCAAGACAAUCUCUCAAGAAUUUUUCUAUCAAAGCAAAGUUUAUAAAAAAAAAGUGCAGUGAGGUAAGAAUUUUUGUUAAAUUUUCCAGUGUCUGCUUCUGUGAUUGAGUAAUUGAGUGAGAAGGCACAAAGUAAAAGAAAAAAAAAAACAAGAAUAGAAUAAGAAUAAAACGAAAAAUAUCUCAAAGUGCGAAUUAAGAAAGAAAAAAAGUGCAAAAGAAAAAUGAAACCAAUCACAUUUGAGUCCAUACGGAAUUUGUUGAAGACGAAAAAGAGUAAGAAUAAAGAAAAAGGUGUCGAUGCCAGCUUCAAGAGGUCAGACUCAUUCAAACGCAUCAGCAUCCGGAAGAGUUACUUGGACCGUGGUAGGAAUAAGCGUGCCAAUGGAGGAGGAAAUUGUGGUCAGAUGAGACCAAAAGCGUCUGUGAUUGCACUCGAUGAUGUGGCUGCACUGAAGAUGGCUACGUCGUUGGUGGGUCAUCGGGAUGCUACAGCGGGCUUCUUCCCGCGGGCACAGCCCCAAUUUGGUGGGGAUGGUGCGCACAAGUCUUCCUUGCAGGAGAUCACGGAGAUCUUGUCGAUGGGAGAGGCGAAGAAGAAUACGCGGGAGAUUGAGGUGCAAACGGUUGAAAUGGAUUUUAGGGCAUUCAAUAGUACCGAAUCCAUUUUCUGCGAUCUCAAGAGGCUCGAUGAGGAAAAGGGGCGACCCACUGGUGACCCAGUAACAAUUGAAUCGUGCACAAAUGUGUCAAAUGUAACGACUUCGCAUCAUUUGCAUUCAAUCGUCGUAGAUGCAGCAGAUGAGAAUUCGCGAGAGGAUGAUGGGAGGAGAGAUGAUUCCAAGUAUGUCAAUACAUUUGUCCUCUCUGGCCGGGAAACCUCAUCAAAUCAAUCAUCUGGGCACUCAUCAUCGGGCCAUCAUCGUGAUAGAUCGCUACAGAGUAUGGAAACAAUGGGAUGCACCGUGAAGAGCUUAACAGAUGGAGAUGAUUCCGAAAUGGAUCGUGCCACAGCUUCCAUAAUAUCCAUCGAGGAGAUGCCGAGUUUGGUCACCUUUAAAACCUACUGUGCCCCACCAAAGGUCUAUCUUGAGACAAAUUUCGAUGAUUGCGAACCAACGAGGAUUGUAACACGUGAAACCCCCAUUAAGGCGGGAAAUGUCUCCCGGACGCGUUUAAUCUAUGAACCCGAAAAGAAUCUUCCAAUCAUUGAUUCCCACACAUUUCGAAUGGAUAAAGUGAAGAGUAGUCAAGAUGCUGGGGGGGUUGUUAUAAAGAUUCCAGCUGCUACCGCUGGAGAAGCUGAUGCUGAAGAAUCAAGGGAGAAUUUAACGAAGAAACUCAGCAAGGAUUCAGCAUUGGAUGUUGAUGGUGAGGAGGAGGAAUGUGAACGAACAAAGGGCCAGGAAGGGGAGGAUAAUGCAAAGAGUACAUUUGAAAUCUAUCGAGCACUAAAGACAGGAAAAUCCUUGAGGGAUUCCGAAGAGGACAAUAGUACACUUGAGAAACAAAUUGAUGAAACACCAAAGAUGAGUACAGAGGUGAAACCAAUGAAGUACUCAACGACAUUUGAGAUUAAUCUCGAAUACCCAAAGCCAUUUGCCAAUACUGACAGCCCUUUUGAUGAGCGUGAAAUCAUUUCACCGGAUUCCAGUAUCCCCUAUCCAUUGAGAAUCAAAACAAAUCCAUUUACGCGCCAAAAGGAGCUCUAUUCCGUGAAUUUGGGACGAAUUUGGAAGCAAUUGAAUUUGGGGCAGGAAGACUUAUCGCAAGAUAUGGGUGGUGGUGGUAAUUAUUCCGGUGCAAAGGCGGCAAAUAAGAAUGAAUCCUUCAAAUCAAUGUCAUCACGUGAUUCGGGAUUCAGCUUGACGCUAACAAAGCCCAAAAGUCUCUUCCGGCGGAAGAGUAAGAAGGCAAAAAAGGGUCAAGGAGAGCAGAGGCGUAAACCAAAACUUUCCGUGAGUCGUGAUGGGUAUUUUAAGCGCGUUAUGGUUGUCCAGAGGAAUUCCUCACGCAGGAAGAAGAAGCAAAAGUAUGAUAGUCAAUUUUUGAGGGAAUUCGAGGAGUUUUGUAGCCGUAGGAAUAAGAAGGAAUUCUACAGACGUCGCAAUUUUGACGAUGACGAUGAGGAUACCUUCACGCAGGAGAUUAAUGAUCUUGAAAUUUUCUACGAGGAACAUUUAGCACGUCUCCGGAAUUACUAUAUGCACAAGAAGAAGAUCAAUGAGACGACAAUAAGUGACUUUUAUCAGGAUUUUGGGGAACGUGAUCUCUAUUGUUCCCCCCAUGUGAUUGCACGCAAUGAAACCCUUCGGAGAAAAUGUGCAAAUUUAGCAAUGCAAGAUGACUCAUUGGUGGUGAAUGCGGGGAGUUUCAAUGAUUUCUCCUUUCCGCAUCCCGACAAGAGGCCCCCAUCGACUGCUGUGAAUGCCAAUAGUCAAGGUGGCGGGAGUGCCAGUAGUACAAAUCGACGGACGCCGCGUCUCAAUCAAUUCCAGGAAGUCCGAAGGAUGGAUAGGAACCUCGAGGAGCACCUCAAGUACGCAGAACUCAUGUUUCAAGCAACAGCAGCGAAUACAGUUCAAAAUCAGAGGCUAUACGAGCGUGUACCAUACGCAGAAAUACAAUUCCCACCAGAGGUAAGGCGUCGUGUGACAAAAAAUCGUCUCUAUCGGCAGCACCAGCGUCGUCGCGCCGUGGAAGAUGAUGAAUUCUUCGCGGCACACAGCAAAGAAAUCUCUCUGGCAAGUGUCUUCCCGCCAGUUCAGCAGAAUGGCAAAAAAUCCCACGUUGGCAUACGCUGUGGGAGCUGCUGCAAAAUCCGUCGAUCCUCAGAGUCCAAUGACAACGAGGAGGAUCUCAUUGAUGUGGACAAUCGUGUCAAUAUGCGCCAGGAAGUGAAUAGUGAUGAAUUCAGUGAGAAUGAGUUUAUUGCAAAUAGCAUUGGGGGGUGUGAGUAUUGUUUUAGAUGUGGCGUGGUUGAUGGUACCACGGGUGAGAAUAUCUGUAUCUGUGAUGGUCAAGGGAAUCCCAUUGAGGAGGAGGAGGACGAUGAGAACUCGGUGAAUUGUUUGGAUGAUGAGGAUUUCUGUGAAUGUGGUGUGAGGUAUCAAAAGAGGAAGGUAAAACGGAGAAAAUCCAAGAAGAAAUUAAGGAAGAAUCAUUCAACACUCAGAAAAAAUGGAUACACAGGUGACAUCACACAGAAAGGUUAUGAGAAGAAAAGGACGAGACUCCUGCAGCCGUAUUUGGCAAAAAAUACACAACCAGGUGAUGGGUAUUACAAUUUACAACAGAAGCCACCACCGCCAAUUCCAUGCGGUGGCAGCUCAAAGGGUGGUAUUGUCUCAGCCGAUGGCUACAGCUAUGUGGAUGACGUUCAUUCACUACAAUCAAGUCACCACCAUCACCAUCAUUCCUCUUCGUCGCAUGGGCAGCACAAAUCAUCCGGUGGUGGCUCAUCUGGGCAUCAUCAUGCCAACCGGACAAGACGUACUCAGAGGCGUGUCACGCACAAUGAGAAGCGCUACCAUUCAGUGUUGGAAAAGAAAAGUCAACCAACGGAGAAGAUUGUGGAGGAUACAAAGCCAAAUUUUCGCGGAUGCAGCCCAUAUAAGUCGUCUCAGUAUCAAGAUUUGGGGCAUGAAGGUGAUGCGAAGCCGCAGCAAAUCCUAGCUCAAAUAGCGCAAAAUAUAAAAAGUAGGGCAGCAUCGAAUGUGCCAUCAUCGCCACGGGAAUCACCAUCGAGUGCCACGAGGCAGCCACAGCAGCGAAGACAGCAGCAACAGCAGACAGAAUCGGGCGGGGAUGGCAAGAAAAAUCGACGUCUGGGGCGACAAGAGAGUCGCUAUACGAGCGAAGUGAGACAAGAGGCCGUUCAGCAAGCUCUGGCCGCACUAAAAAAUCGACCAAAGCCUAGCUUACCAAUGCCAUCAAAACGCAGUUCUGUGCUUAAUCGUAGUCCCGAUCGUGACAAUGAUGAUUCAGAAUCAUCAUCGGAGGACGGAAGUAUUCCGGAGGAGAGGAUUUCCACACCAGAACGCGAUGGCUACAACCUGCCACGUGAUCAUGUGAGUGGGAAUAUGCCGAGAGAAGCGGCAAAAUUGCCAACACCGCAUCAACAUGGUCGUGAUGGUGGUCGCGAUCAUCAUAAAACAUCAUCAGCACACAUCACAGAGAGGCGACCACAAAACUUACCGCCACAGCCACCACUCUCGGAUACAUCGAGUGCAGGAUCACCGCCAGCAAGUGUUCACAGGACCCAGAAGAAUUCCUACGAUAUGACUGACAUUGCGGAUUUUCAAAUACGCCCCUAUGCUGCCCCCGAUAUUACGCAAUUCAACAAUACACGCCGUGGAGCAGAUCGAGUGACGAGGUACGUUAAUGUUUCAAAUGCAGAACCCGGGGAUACGAGCACAGCUGGUAGGUGGAAGGUAUCGGCAAAAAUUCAGCAACUCCUGAACACACUGAAGCGCCCCAAGAGGCGUCCAUUGCCGGAAUUUUAUGAAGAUAACGACAUUGAGCUGGAGAUAGCAGCCAAUCCCAAGGAUCCCAAUGCCCCAAAACCCGAAGGGAGUACCAUGACACCCGUUCAGGGGGAGCAACUUGUGGUCAUGUCGGGACUCUCGCGUACCAUUGAGGCGGCACUCCAGCGGUAUGGGGUUAAUUCGCCGAAAACUCCCAUGGCUACGGUGCUGGAUCCCAAUGGGAAGAUGACGACAACAUUGACGUAUGGGAAACUAAUGUCACGUGCCCAAAAGAUAGCCUAUGCACUCUCAACGAAGAUCUUCAAUAAAGGUUCGGAGCAGAUAACGCUCAAACCGGGAGAUCGUGUUGCUCUCGUUUAUCCCAACAGUGAUCCUCUCAACUUCAUCACAGCCUGGUACGGAUGCAUGUUCAGAGGCCUCGUUCCACUGCCAAUCGAGCUGCCUCUGUCGAGUUCGGAUUCACCGCCUCAGCAAGUUGGUUUCCUGUUGAGUUCUUGCGGUGUCCAGAUCGCCCUUACAUCCGAGGCGUGUCUCAAAGGACUCCCAAAGUCCACAACGGGAGAAAUUGCAAAGCUAAAGGGUUGGCCUAGGCUCCAUUGGUUCGUGACGGAGCACCUACCGAAGCCACCAAAGGAUUUCAAUAUAAACAACAUUCGCAUCAAUGAGGAUGCAUUGGCGUACAUUGAGUACACAAGUGACAAAGAGGGUAGCGUAAUGGGGGUCACGGUUAGUCGACAAGCAAUGAUAAAUCACAUUCGUGCCCUCACAAUGGCAUGCCAUUACACUGAAGGUGAAACAGUGGUGUGUGUGUUGGAUUUUAAGCGUGAAGUUGGCCUAUGGCACAGUGUUCUCACAUCUGUUCUCAAUGGGAUGCACGUUCUCUUCAUCCCCUAUGCCCUCAUGAAACUACGCCCAUCGUCGUGGAUGCAACUCAUAACGAAGUAUCGCGCCUCAUGUUGCCUCGUGAAGAGUCGUGAUUUGCAUUGGGGACUCCUAGCGACGAAGGAUCACAAGGAUAUUUCGUUGUCGUCACUGCGUAUGCUCCUUGUGGCUGAUGGUGCCAACCCGUGGUCGUUGUCGAGUUGCGAUCAAUUUCUCAGUGUUUUCCAGUCGAAAGGCUUGCGCCCGGAUGCCAUUUGUCCGUGUGCCAGCAGUUCGGAGGCAUUCACGGUGUCCCUAAGGCGACCUGGACGAGCUCAGGGUGGGUUCAGUCAAUCCGCAACCACAGGACGAGGGGUACUCUCGAUGGCGGCUCUAUCGCAUGGAGUUGUUCGUGUUGACAGUGAAGACUCCCUGACGUCGCUCACACUGCAGGAUUGUGGGCAGGUUAUGCCGGCAACAACAAUGGUCGUUGUUCGUUCCGAGGGUUUGCCCGUUUUAUGCAAAACAGACCAAGUUGGGGAGAUUUGUGUAACUUCGGGUGCCUCUGGGACGUCCUACUAUGGGCUAGAUGGUCUCACAAAUUCAGCCUUUCGCGUGCAACCCCUCCCGGAGGAUUUACCCGAAGCAAAGGACUCAACAGCACCGCCAUUGCCCGUUAAACCAAUCAGUGAUGAAUUGUACGUCCGUAGUGGGCUCCUUGGGUUCCUCGGACCAGGUGGAUUGGUCUUUGUGUGUGGGUCACGCGAUGGCUUAAUGACAGUCACGGGGAGGAAGCACAAUGCAGAUGAUAUAAUUGCAACAGUUCUCGCUGUUGAGCCAAUGCGGUUCAUCUAUCGCGGGCGAAUUGCCGUGUUUAGCAUUAAAGUUCUGCGCGAUGAGAGGGUUUGUGUGAUUGCGGAGCAACGACCCGAUUGCUCGGAAGAGGAGUCAUUCCAGUGGAUGUCGAGGGUCCUGCAGGCCGUGGACUCCAUCCAUCAAGUUGGCAUUUACUGCCUUGCACUCGUGCCACCAAAUCAUUUGCCAAAAACUCCGCUAGGAGGAAUCCAUUUGUGUGAGGCUCGUCGACGAUUCCUCGAGGGAUCUCUGCAUCCGGCAAAUGUGCUCAUGUGUCCGCACACGUGUGUCACGAAUUUGCCCAAACCACGAGAAAUGCAUCAAGGCGCUCUGCAACCACAAGUUCUAUCAGGAAGUUCAUCUGGGUGUGUUACAGACACGUCAGUGGGCCCCGCGUCGGUGAUGGUGGGCAACUUGGUGCAGGGAAAUCGUCUAGCUGUGGCCCAGGGACGAGAUAUUGGGCUAUCGGAUGACAAUGAAAGGAAGCAUCAGCUUAUAACGGCUGUUCUACGAUGGCGAGCAAACUCCUCGCCGGAUCAUGUCCUGUACACAUUGCUCAAUUCAAAGGGAGCCGUCGCAAAGACACUCACCUGCUCGGAACUCCAUAAGCGCGCUGAGAAGAUUGGGGCUCUCCUCCAGGAGCGCGGUAAGAUUAAUCCUGGCGAUCAUGUGGCAUUGAUCUUCCCACCGGGGGUUGAUCUCAUUUGCGCAUUCUACGGAUGCCUCUACUUGGGUGCCGUACCCAUCACAAUACGUCCGCCGCAUCCGCAGAAUCUCAUCACCACUCUCCCAACGGUCCGGAUGAUUGUUGAUGUGUCCAAGUCCGUGAUUGUUCUCUCAAUUCAGAGUAUUGUGAAGUUGCUCAAGAGUCGCGAGGCGGCCACGUCAAUUGAUCCAAAGAGUUGGCCACCAAUUCUCGAUAUUGAUGACAAUCCGAAGAGGAAGUUGGCCGCAAUUGCUAAUGCCACAAUCGAGUCAACGGCCUACCUGGACUUUAGUGUCUCCACAUGCGGGAGAUUGAGUGGUGUCAUCAUAACACAUCGUUCCCUGAGUAGCCUCUGCUCUAGCCUCAAGUUGGCCUGCGAACUCUACCCCAGUAGGCACGUUGCACUCUGCCUUGAUCCCUAUUGUGGUCUUGGUUUUGCCAUGUGGACACUCAUUAGUGUCUUCAGUGGGCACCAUUCAAUCCUCAUUGCGCCCUAUGAGGUUGAAGCAAAUCCUAGUCUAUGGCUGUCAACCUUGUCGCAGUAUCGCGUGCGUGACACAUUCUGCUCAUACGGUGUGAUUGAGCUGUGCACAAAGGCCCUGAGCAAUUCCAUCCAGGCACUAAAGCAGCGCAAUGUGAAUUUAGCCUGUGUCCGGACGUGCGUUGUUGUGGCCGAAGAACGGCCACGGGUGCAAUUAACGCAGCAAUUUUGCAAACUUUUCCAAGCUUUGGGGCUCAAUACGCGCUGCGUGUCGACAUCCUUUGGGUGCCGCGUGAAUCCGGCAAUUUGCGUUCAGGGGGCAAGUUCGGCGGAAAGUGCUCAAGUUUAUGUUGAUCUGCGGGCAUUGCGUAACAAUCGGGUGGCACUUGUGGAACGUGGUGCCCCCAAUUCGCUGUGUCUCAUUGAAUCCGGAAAACUCCUGCCGGGAGUGAAGGUGAUUAUCGCCAAUCCGGACACAAAGGGUCACUGCGGGGAUUCGCAUCUCGGUGAAAUUUGGGUCCAAUCGCCGCACAAUUGCGAUGGGUAUUUCACAAUUUAUGGCGACGAAACGGAUUACAAUGAUCACUUCAAUGCGAAACUCGUGACGGGCGCUACGACGGAAACAUACGCACGAACGGGCUAUUUGGGCUUCCUCAGGCGCACCGAAUGCUCCCAGGCGGGCUCAAUUCUCGACGAAACAACCCCGAGUAUCGCAAGUCGGGACAGUGACAACGAAUCUCUGCAUUCGCAGGGGCAGACACAACUUUCGCACGUUCCACACGCAAGUGCGGGGCAAGAGCAGGAGCUACAUGAUGCAGUUUACGUUGUUGGGGCACUCGAUGAGGUCAUUACACUGCGUGGUAUGAAUUACCAUCCGAUUGACAUUGAGAAUUCCGUACUGAGGUGCCACAAGAAGAUUGCCGAAUGUGCUGUCUUUACGUGGACAAAUCUCCUCGUUGUUGUCGUUGAAUUGGAUGGGAAUGAGUCUGAAGCGCUGGAUUUGGUUCCUCUUGUGACAAAUACGGUCCUUGAGGAGCAUCAACUAAUUGUUGGCGUUGUAGUUGUGGUGGAUCCGGGUGUUGUGCCAAUAAAUAGUCGUGGUGAGAAGCAGAGGAUGCACCUACGUGAUGGCUUCCUUGCUGAUCAACUUGAUCCCAUCUAUGUUGCCUACAACAUGUAAAAAAAAAACUAAAAAAAAAACAGAAUCCAAUGCAGAAUCAUUCUUAUUUUCAUGACCAUGAGAGAGCCUAAAGAAAUAUUAUUGUUAUCAUUGUACGAAGUUAGAAUAAUGUUUUCUUUCAUCUCAAUCUCUCUCUCUCGGUGUGAAAGUUGGAAAUAUAUGGAAUGGAGGGCAUCUAUAGAAGGUAGGAAAAUUCCUUUUUUUAUAUAUAGAGGAUACUGCUUGAAAGAUGAGGGGAAAAAGUUUCUCAAUGAAUAAUAAAAAUUAUGAAAUCUUUACACAUGAAAUCGCAGUAAAAAAAAAACAUAAAAAAAGUAAUAAUCAUAAUGAGGAAAAAAUAUUAAAUAUAAUGAAUAUUUAAACAUAAAAAAAAACUAUGGAAUAUAGACUCUUGUGAUCCCUCCUUUUUUAUUUUGUGUAUUAAUACGUCUCUAUGAAUAGAAAUUUAAAGGAAUAAAAGAAGAAGAAGAAAGCAUUUUAAUCUAAACAAGAACAAGCUAAAAAUUAAUUAGAAAUGGAAUGCAAAAUGCCAAUUCUUUUUGUUUUUCACUGUAAAAGAGCUACAAAGAGAUCUUCUAGGGAAAAAAAAAGAAAAGAAAGAAAGCUUCUAUAUCUCUCUUGUUUUGUUCUAAACUCUCUCCCUUAUAUUAGGCGUGACUUUAGGUGAUUUUUAGAUGAAGAAAAUGUUAAAUGAAGAAGAAAAAAUAUUAAAUGAGAUGAAAAGCAACUUUUAUUAUGAAAUUGUGGAAGAAAAAGAAAAUUGCAAGAAUUAGCUUUUGCAAAUGCUCUUGCAUUGAAUUUUUCCCCUUUUUUUUUACUUUGUAUAAAUUUUUUUUAUUCUAGUCUCUCUUACAAUUUAUUAUAUAUUAUUAAUUAUUUGAUAUUUUUUAUUGUAUUAAUGACGUAAAAGUGAAAAUAAUGGGAAAUGAUGGAAUGAAAUGCACUCUAUUUUUGUCUCUCAUUUUAAAAUUUAGUUCUUUGGGCGCCCCAAAGCGCAAGAUGAAGACGAAGAGGAAGAAAGUAUUCAAUGCUAUAAGACACAAACAUCGCAUGCUUUACCUACAAUAUACCCAGUUUUAUUUUAUUAAUUUACAAAAUAUUCUCAUAUAAUGAAAAGGAAACAUUUUUUUUUUUGUAAUUUCUGGAGAUUUUUUUGGUGUUUUAGAAUCAUAUUCAAAUCAUUUUUGCAUUUAAGCUCCACCAGAUUUAUAUUAGAGAGCUCGAGGGAGGAGCUUAGUUCAUUAGCCAAAUGAAUUGCAGCUAACAGCUGUCUUGUUGAAGUAUCAAUGAAUAAGAAGAAGAAUUAACCUUCCGUACGCUCUGUGGUCAAAUUGCUCACGCACUUUGCCAUGGAGUAAGUAACCGCCCGAAUAGACUUUUCUUCAAGGGGUGUUUAUCUGAAUUAAAUUAUUCGGAAACCUCGGAAAUAUUCGGAAUAUUGGCUAAUAUUCGGAUAAUUUGCCAGAGAAAUCAAAAUAUUGUUUUUUAGACUCUAAAUGGCUUAGAUUGAGAAAUAGAAGCCUAAAAAAAAUAUUUAUUUCAAACCUUAUAAGAACUAAAUUCAAACCGAAUAGUAAUUUCACCCCUAAUCAUGCUAAAUUCAAGCCUAAAAGAGCUUAAAAUUGAAGCAUAAAAAUAUUUUUAGGCAUUGAGGAAUAAAAGCUUAAAUUCGAAAGAAUCACAGCUAAGAAUAUAAAAUUUAGGCCUAGAAAGAACAAAAAGCAGUAAAUUCAAGCCUAAAAGUAUUUGGUUUUCAACACUAAAAAAUGCAAUCUCAAAUCUCAAAAAGCUUUAAAAAAUAUUACAUAAUUAAUGUCUAAAAAAGACUAAAAUUGAAGUUUAAAAAGUGGUUAAUUCAAGCUAAAGAGUUGUAAAUUCAAGCCAGAAAGUAGUACAUUUAACCCAAAAAAAGGCUAAAUUCAAGCCGAUAUUAUAUUUAGUUUUCAAUCUCAAAAUUUCAAUGAUCGAGGAACAAAACUUAUUAAAAAAUGUACUGGUAAGCUGACCAAGCUUACGGGAGCUGUGUUUCUUUCAGUGUACCAAUUUUGUGAGAGAAAACUAGAACGCGAAUUAAUUUAAAUACGGGCAAAGUCGGGAAAAGUUGAAAAGUCAUACCCUAAGAAAUCUUUAGAAGGCCAUAUCUCGAGAACGGAUCCAUAGAUUUUCGUAAAUUUUUUUUUGUUUGAAAGAUCUUGAAGUAAGCUAUAACAUAUCGAAAAAUGAAAAAAAAUUAUGUCGCCAUUUUCGAAAAAUUCGAGUUCGAAAUUUUCGAAAACUUUGUUUUUGACUUUAGCGCCUCUUGCGGUCAUUUCUCGAAGUUGCAAUGUUCUAGACAUUUGUAGGGUUUCUCGAAACCUUUCAUUUGCGCUUGAGUUGAUCAUGAUCGGACUUGUAGAACCCGAGAUAUGACAUGCCAACUUUGGAAGGCUAUAUCUCGAGAACGGAUCCAUAGAUUUUCUUCAUUUUUGGCAUGAAGCUAGAUAAUAUGGUCAGCUACAACGUAUGAAAAAAUAAAAAAAAAUUAUGUCGUCGUUUUCGAGAUAUUCAUCGAAAACUCAUCGAAAAUUUUGUUUUUGAUUUUUGGCCCCCUAGCGGUCACUUUUGAAACUUCGGCCGUUCUAGAGAGUUGUAGGGUUUGUUGAGAUCUUUCAUUUGACCCCGAGUUGAUCAAAAUCGGUCAAGCCGUUUUCGAGUUAUGGUCGAUUUUUGAUGAAAAAUUGUGGCGGCCAUAUUGACUAAACGGCUUGACCGAUUUUCGAAAAUGAGGUAUCGUUGGAAAGGUCUUGAUGGCCCCUACAACAUAUCAAAAUUUCAGACCUCUAGCUAUAACAGCGGCUGAGAUAUAGCGAAAACAAAAUUUUGAGGUUAUUCAAAAUGGCGGACGGGGGGGUGGGGGGGUGAAUUUGACUUCAUAUUCGGAUUUCUUCAGGUCGAUAUUUAAACUUUGCCGUUUACCGCAAGUCUCUAUCUAUCACCGUUCUCUCGCAAUUUAAGUUUAUGAUCCGGCCGGCCGGCCGGCCGGCCGGCCGGACGGACGGACGGCCGGCCGGAAAAAAAAUUUUUUUGGCGCAUACGUUUUUUGGAAUGUGGGGACCCUAAUUCGUGCUCAUCCCAAGUUUGAGCCCGAUCUGACGACUUUCGAUUUUGCUCGGUACACAAAAGCUGUGUCUGAAAGAAACACAGCUAAAACUCAUUAAAGCUUAAAAAAGGACUAAAUUCUAACCGAAAAGUAGUAAAUUCAACCCAAAAAAGACUAAAUUCAAACCAAAAUUUCCUAAAUACGUUUUUUUUUUAUUUUUUCGGUUUUAAAUUAAUCGGUUUUUAGCAAAAGAUGUUCAUCUGAAGUCCAAUAUUCAGAUCUUCGGAAAUAUUCGAAUGAUUCGCUUAAAAAAACAAAAUAUUCGCCAGAUAAACACCCCUUGCUUUUCUUGCAAAAUAAACAAAUUCUUUCGGUCAAAUGAGCUUUUAAUGACUUCCUGAACAACUCCAAGAAGACUUUUGUCCAUUUCACUGCAAAAAAAAAUUAAAUGGAUUUUUAGCAGGGCUCCCAGCCGCACACUGUAACGGCGGCGGCGGCUUGAUUUUGUAUAAGCUCCGGCGGCUGCGGCUAGAAAAAAAUUUUUCAAGUCUCGGCGGCUGCGGCUUGAAAAAUCGCAUUAGCGACUGGCUCAAGCGGCUUGAGCUGUCGUCGACUGAGGGCCCUGAUUUUUUUUAAUGAUAUUUUUAUUUUAAAAGUAAGGUUAUGAUGGAAUUUUUGGUAUUUUCUGGCAGAAGGAAUGAGCAAUUUUUCUUGAAAAAUCUUUUUUUUUUUGACAGCUAAAAAUUCCUCUUUUUUUUUUAAUUUUAGACAUUAAAAUGGUUCAGUAAAAUGUAAAUUGCGUCUACAAUUUUUGAAAUAUCACCUUGAAAUACAAAGCAAAUAAAACUUUUUGAUUUUACGCACCUUUUGAUGGCAGAAGUUUUCUGAUAUCUCAAUCCAAUCAAAAGUUAUUCGCGGUUAAAAUCAUGCCCUAAUUUCUUGGCCACCCUGUAUAAGAAAAUGGGAAAAUACAUGAAAAUGAGAACUAAAGGAACUAAUUUUGACAGUUGUCAAUUUUUGAAUUCCAAUUUUUUAUAUUUUUGUUAAGAACUUUUGUUAUUGUGGUCAGAUGAACUUGAUACAAAAUCUUUUCUGAUAAUCAAGGAAUUUAUUUCCAAAAGAAUGGUUCUACACCUAUCAAAAUUAAGGCGCAAUAGCUUGAAAUUAUGCUCUGGGGUCCCUUAUGGACCCUUCUGGGUCUCUUUGCCCCUCAUGGCAAUUGGAAGGUUAGAAGUUCUCUCUGAUUGGUUAAUAACGUUGACAAACUAAAGCAGAGCUCUCAUUGGUUGUACUUCUCUCCUUGACUCUUUAUAGUUCCCAACCAGGUGGAGCUUUGGUGCAAAGUUGGUUUUGAAUACUGUUUAGAACAAUUCAGAAUAUUUUUUGAAAAUGAAAAUGAAAUAAAGAAGAAAUUACAUGAAAAAAAAACUCGCUGUGUUCUGAAAAAUAAAUCUUAUAUAUUUAUUAAGAAAAACUCUCAACUAAAUGCAAUAUAUACUAUACAUAAUUACCUACAUUUCUUUUUAUAAGAAAAAAAAUAAACAUAAACCUUCAACGACUGAUUGCACUGCUCUUAGAAUUUUUCUUUUGAUUAAUUUUUGUUUUUGAGGUAAAGAAGGAAGGAAAUACUGCAAAAAAAACUACGUACAUUUUACACUCAAAUUCCCCCUUUUUCCACAAUUAGGUGUUAUUUAGUGGAAUAAAAAAAAGAAGAAGAAGAAAAUAUACGAACGACGGACGCGGUAGGAAAAAUAAAAGCAAAACAAACCAUUUUAAUAAACUGCACAAUAUUUACUCUUUUUAUUGUAUCCAAAAGAAAACAAGUAAAAGAAUUCAAAUGAAUAAAGAAAAAAACCUUUCAAGAAAGGAAUUCAAUAUUAUUGAGGAUGUGAAAGGAAAUAUUAAAAAAAAAAGUAAAGUAAAA